AAGGAAAAAAAAACUGGUUGAGUUUGAAUUAGCCUCUAAAUCUUGAGCCGUGAUGGUGUUACAUUUCCAUAAAUGAUGUUGUACAAUAAGAUAAUAUCUCAAGCUUGAUUUAUUGAGACAAGUGGGUUUUGCCAAAUUUCCUCUUAAGGUAUUAAAGAUACAAGGCUUAUGAAUAAUAAGAUAAUAAUUAAAAUUAAAUUUAAAUAACCAGCCACAAAACUUAUGUGCUCUAGAAAUGUAUCUAGGCGUUAAUGAAAUAGGCAUGUCAAACAUGUAUUGAGAUUAGAUAUUCCAAGCAAUUUAUAGCUACUUAGACACACAAUCAUCCGAGAUUCAUUAGGAUCACAUCAAUUAAAUAUCAAAUUAAUUACAAGUGCCCAGUUUACAGUAUCUAAUCACGAACAAGAUGCCUAUUAAGUCGAUAGAUAAAAAUGUCGUCAUCAGCUUGUUACGGGCUACCGCGUUAUUAUAACGAGCCGCGCCCGAUACCUACCGGCGUGAGGCGGGACGAUCAAUACCGCACGUUCCCGACCACCUUUACAAACAUACACAGGUCUCUCUCUAUCAAAGGUACACGCCUCCUUAGUUAGAGCGAGAAAAAGCCCGCCCCAUCGUCUCCCCCAACGGGCUUAGAGAAGGCGUACCCAGCCCGGCCGGCUCUUCGGUUCAGUCGACAAAAGACUGCGUGCCGCGCGCGUGCGUACAGCGCGCUCGUCAUGCGCGCGUAGACACCAUGCUCGUGCCGCCGGAGAUGAUGGCCGCGCAAUCCAAGCUCGUCUACCAGAUGAACAAGUACUACAACGAGCGCGUGGCGAGCAGGAAGGCUCAGAUCGCCAAAACUAUUCAUGAGGUCUGCAGAAUUGUCCAGGAUGUCCUUAAGGAGGUGGAGCUGCAAGAGCCGCGCUUCAUCUCCUCGCUCACCGAUUACAAUGGACGCUUCGACGGUUUGGAAGUGGUUUCGCCGCAUGAGUUCGAGAUAGUAAUAUAUUUGAAUCAGAUGGGAGUGUUAAACUUCGUGGACGACGGUUCUCUGCCCGGCUGCGCCGUGCUCAAGCUAAGCGACGGCCGCAAGCGCUCCAUGUCGCUCUGGGUGGAAUUCAUCACCGCCUCUGGAUAUCUUUCGGCGAGAAAAAUCCGCUCGCGCUUCCAAACACUCGUAGCGCAGGCGUGUGACAAAUGCUCUUACCGGGACUGCGUCAAAAUGAUCGCGGAAACAACUGAAGUCAAGCUUCGAAUUCGGGAACGCUAUGUGGUUCAAAUAACUCCAGCCUUCAAAUGCGCUGGCUUAUGGCCGCGCUCCGCUGCACACUGGCCGCUCCCGGCGAUCCCUUGGCCGCACCCAAACAUCGUCGCCGAAGUCAAAACGGAAGGUUUCGAUCUACUAUCAAAGGAGUGUCUCGCGCUGCAAGGAAAAAACUCAGCCAUGGAAGGCGAUGCGUGGGUUCUAAGUUUCUUGGAAGCAGAAAACCGUCUACUCCAAGGCGGUUGCCGACGGAAGUGUCUAAGCACAUUGAAGACCAUUCGCGACAGGCAUUUGGAUCUCCCAGGGAACCCAGUGACUUGCUAUCACAUGAAGACUUUACUGCUGUAUGAAUGCGAGAAGCAUCCUCGCGAACACGAAUGGGACGAGGCCGCGAUCGGCGACCGUAUAAACGGGAUAUUUUUGCAGCUGAUUUCCUCGCUGCAGUGCCGGCGGUGCCCGCACUAUUUUCUGCCUCACGUCGACCUUUUCAAAGGCAAGUCGCCGACGGCGCUCGAAAAUGCUGCGAAGCAAGUGUGGCGCCUAACAAGAGAAAUGCUUACCAACUCUCGAGCUUUUGAUAAGCUCUGAGGCAUAGAUGCCGAUUCGGACGAUCACAUUCGUUAAGUGAGUGUAUUAGUGGUAUACCGCUAGACAUCGAGUCAUUUUUAGUAGAUUUAGAGGACUGUUAAGAGUGUAUCCAAUAGGAGUGUAUACGGACUAGUGCGAGUGCUUCUCGAAUAUUCCAUUUGGAUCAGACUGUAAGUAGAAGUGAUACUAUCUAGACUAGGCCUUUUCAACUAUUAUUUGUGAUAUAAUGUAAAUAGCUUAGUUGUUGUACAAUUUUAUUAAUAUUUAAUUUAAAAGAUACCGUGUAUUUAUUUGACUGAAAAAACUCUAAGUAGGUAAAAAUAUAUAUAAUUUACAAUAAAUAAUUUGGAAAUAUA